AUGGCAGACAGUUUCUCUCUCUUGGAAGAGGAUCUGUCGUGUCCAGUGUGCUGGGAGAUCUUCAUGGAGCCGGUGAUCCUCUCCUGCAACCACAGCCUCUGCAGGGCCUGUUUGGAGGAGAGCUGGAGUAAAGGAGGGACGCAGGACUGCCCAGUCUGCAGAAGGAGGUCGGCCAGAGACCAGCCACCUCCCAACCUAGCCCUGAGGCAUGCCUGUGAGACGCUACUAAGAGAGAGGGAUGAAAACACCAGCCACAGGGGUCCACAGGGUGUAUGUAGCUUACACUCCCAGAAGCUCCAGCUCUUCUGCUUAGAGGAUGAGUGUCUGGUGUGUGUGGAGUGUGUGUUGGAGCACGCAGACCACAGCUUCUGCUCUGUGGGGAAGGCAGCAGGUCAGAGGAGGGAGGGACUCAGACCCCAACUGGAGGCCCUGCAGGAGAAAAUGGCUGCCUUUAGCAAAGCUGAGCUCACCUGUGACAAAAUGGCUGCUCACAUCAGGGUGCAGACCCAGAGAGCAGAAAGGCAGAUAAAGGAGGAGUUUGAGAAGCUACACUGCUUCCUGAGGGAUGAGGAGGUGGAGAGACUAGCUGCGCUGAAGGAGGAAGAGAAGAACAAAAGGAUGAAGGAGCGAGUGGACGAGAUAAGUGAGAUUAUGUCAUCUCUGUCAGACACAAUUAGGGCUGUGGAGGAGAAACUGGCAGUGGAUGAUGAUGUGUCGUUCCUGCAGAGCUACAAAAUGACAAUGGAGAGAACGCAGAGUGUGCCUGAGGACCCAGAGUUGGGCUCAAGAGCACUGAUCAACUUGGCCAAACACCUGGGCAACCUUAGUUUCCAGGUCUGGGAGAAGAUGCAGAAGGCAGUGAAAUACACACCUGUGGUUCUAGACCCAAACACUGCACAUCCCGAUCUCUAUCUAUCUGAAGAUCUGACCAGCCUAAGACGUGAAGAUAAACUACAGUCUCUCCCAGACAACCCAGAGAGGUUUGAUAUAUAUUGUGAAAUCUUGGGUUCAGAGGGGUUCACUUCAGGGACACACUUCUGGGAUGUGGAAGUCGGAGAAAGUGAUGACUGGAGGGUAGGAGUGGCCAGCGAGUCUGUUAGUAGGAAACCGGAGAUAGAUAAAGAAGGUGGCGUAUGGGCUGUUGGGGCAUGGUGGCUACACCUGUUUGGGCUCAAGCUACAGGAGCUCUUAUGA